GAUUUGGUAGCAGCAGGCUGUUUAUCAUCGCUAGAGCGAGACUAGAACCGAUCCCACUGUCAGAGAGAGACCAUGGCGUCCAAAGGAGCAACCAAGAGGCUCACCAAGGAGUACAAAUCCAUGGUUGAGAACCCGCCGCCUUACAUAGAGGCCCAUCCAUCGGAGCGCAACAUCCUUGAAUGGCACUAUUUGAUCACGGGGCCUCCAGACACGCCAUAUUCAGGUGGCCAAUACCACGGUAUGCUUAUAUUCCCAAAGGACUACCCUUUCAAGCCACCAGAGAUCCGUAUGAUCACGCCUAACGGUAGAUUCCAGGUCAACACAAGACUAUGCCUCAGUAUGAGCGAUUUCCAUCCUGAUACAUGGCAGCCGGCAUGGUCUGUUGCGACGAUCCUCACAGGCUUGCUGAGCUUUAUGACUGGUGAUGAGCCAACCACUGGAAGCAUCGUGACGAGCGCAGAUGCAAAGAAGCGUUACGCACAGGUGAGUUUGAACUGGAAUGCUACACAGAAUGACCGCUUUAAGAAGGAGUUUCCUGAGAUGGUGAUCAAAAACUUGGCCAAAGUGAAGGAGCUGAACGAUGCCAACGAGCAGAAGAAGAGGGCUGCCGAACUAGAAGCUGCUGCUAAGGCAUCAGCUGCCACAUCCUCGCUGUCAGCCACAGGCUCUGAUGGUCAGAUGGGAGGUGAUGCUGACACAGGACUUUCACAAGAAGAGCUAGCCAAAAUGGACCCUGAAGACCGUAUACGUUACCUCGCUGCUCAAAAGCCCAAGAAGAUCAACUCUGGUAGAAAUCAUGCGAUGGUGUACUAUGUUCUUGCCAUAGCAAUUGUUCUUGGGUUUUUUAGAGUGGUUAGCUGAUAGUUGAUAUUGUAACCAACUAUAUACAUAUUGGGGGUU